AUGGAAAUUGAUCUUGAGUCCAUUGAGUCUCAAAGUGUGGAUGUUGAUGUUGAAGAGAUUGAUGGGUUGAGUUUUCAUACCAAAACUCAAGACAGUAAGUACGGAACUGGUAAUCUGAAACGCCGUCUUGUGAAUUGUCUGAAAAUCUCCUACCGUGAUAUAGGGCAGAUGCUCAUUGCCCAAGAAGCUGGUGCAGUGACACUUAGUGGAGGUAAGUAUGAUCCUGAAAAAUUUCGUGAGUUGGUUGUAGCAACUAUAAUCAUGCAUGAUCUACCUUUUAGUUUUGUUGAAUAUGCGGGAAUAAGGUCUAUAUUUCAGUACUUGCACCCUCAAAUUCAAUUGGUCUCUAGAAAUACUGCAAAGGCUGACGCUUUAAAGUUUUACAAGAGGGAAAAGCUUCAAAUUAAAUUGAUGUUAGAGACUAUCCCAGGUAGAAUUAUCUUUACUUCUGAUGCAUGGACUUCUUUGACUAGUGAUGGAUAUGUGUUUAGUGUGACAUUGGAUAAUGCUUCUGCGAAUGGUGUUUCGGUUGACAUGUUAAGAGAGCAACUAGUUGCCAAAAGGGUUCUUGUACACAAUGGCGAUCUAUUUCACAUGCGAUGUUGUGCACACAUACUAAAUUUAGUUGUGCAAGAGGGUUUGAAGCAGAUUGAUGAUUCAAUUGUUAAGAUUCGUGAUAGUGUCAAAUAUGUCAAGGGAUCCCAAGUGAGGAAGCAAAAGUUCUUAGAUUGUGUGAAGUUAGUUGCAAUUGGUGAUAAGAAAUGGUUGUGUCAAGAUGUACCAACUAAGUGGAACUCGACAUAUCUUAUGCUUGAAAGUGCUCUUUACUAUCGCCGUGUAUUUCAACAUUUAGAGUUGAGUGAUUCAAACUACAAGCAUUGUCCUUCUAGUGCCGAGUGGGACAAAGUUGAAAAGAUUAAAACUUUUUUGAAGUUGUUCUAUGAUGCAACUCUUAAAUUUUCUGGAACAAAGUAUCCCACUGCCAACUUGUACUUCCCUUCCAUUUGGCAUUGUUGCUUCAUGUUGAAACAAUAUUUAGAAGGUGAUGAUGAGUACUUAAAGUAUAUGGCAACAGCAAUGUGGGGCAAGUUUCAAAAGUAUUGGUCUCAAUUCCAUCUUACAUUGGCUAUAGCAUGUGUUCUAGAUCCUCGUUUUAAGCUUAGACUUGUUGAGUUUAGUUACAAAAAGCUUUAUGGAGAUGAUUGUGUUGAAUGCAUCUCAAUGAGGAGUACGUUGUACUCUAUUUUUGAAGAGUACAACAAAAAAAAGAAGGCUUCAACUAGCCAAAGACCAAUACUUUUGAAACUUGAAUUUGAUGAGAUGUCUUCAGUUGACUCUACUACCACAUCACAGAAAUCAGAGCUUGACCUUUAUUUGGAUGAGCCAAGGUUGGCUAGGACCGCGGAUCUUGAUAUCCUUUCCUUUUGGAAAUCAAACCAAUUUCGAUAUCCAGCACUAGCUUCUAUGGCUUGUGAUAUAUUGGUUGUCCCUGUUUCUACAGUUGCUUCUGAAGCUACAUUUAGUGUUGGUGGUAGAGUUCUUGAUUCAUUUCGUAGCUCACUUAAACCAAAGACAGUUGAAGCACUUGUUUGUACCAGAGAUUGGUUAUAUGGAGAAAAAUAUUUCAAUGAAGAGGUGGAGGAUCUUACACAAGAUAUCUUCAACUUUUCAUUGAAAGAAGAUGAGCCUUUCUCACAGGGAUCAACUUCUCCUGAACGUAAUGAUGCACUUGGAGUCGCCCCAAUGUAG